AUGGGCGUAGGAGGUGAUGAUCUGUAUACAGAGCUAUGGAAGGCAUGUGCAGGGCCAUUGGUGGAUGUCCCAAAGGCUGGAGAGAGAGUUUUUUACUUCCCUCAAGGUCACAUGGAACAAUUAGAAGCAUCAACAAAUCAAGAACUGAAUCAGCAAAUCCCACGGUUUAAUCUUCAUCCUAAGAUCCUUUGUCGUGUCGUAAACAUUCAACUGCUGGCUGAACAAGACACGGAUGAGGUUUAUGCUCAGAUUACUCUGCACCCAGAAGUGGAUCAAACCGAACCUACAAGUCCAGACCCUUGUCCACCUGAGCCGGCAAAGCCAACAGUUCAUUCCUUUUGCAAAAUUCUAACAGCUUCUGAUACUAGCACUCAUGGAGGGUUCUCUGUUCUCAGAAAGCAUGCCACUGAAUGCUUGCCUCCUUUGGACAUGAGCCAAGCAACGCCGACCCAGGAACUGGCUGCCAGAGACCUUCAUGGCUAUGAGUGGCGGUUCAAGCAUAUAUUUAGAGGUCAACCCCGGAGGCAUCUGCUUACAACAGGAUGGAGCACAUUUGUCACUUCCAAAAGACUGGUUGCAGGAGAUGCUUUUGUGUUUCUUAGAGGUGAUAAUGGGGAAUUACGAGUUGGGGUCCGACGUCUUGCUCGUCAGCAAAGCUCCAUUCCGUCAUCUGUGAUAUCCAGCCAAAGCAUGCAUUUAGGAGUGCUUGCUACUGCCUCUCAUGCUGUUUUGACACAGACCCUCUUUGUUGUGUACUACAAGCCAAGGACGAACCAGUAUAUCAUUGGGCUGAACAAAUAUCUAGAGGCUGUUAAGAAUGGAUUUUCUGUUGGUAUGCGCUUCAAGAUGAGAUUUGAGGGAGAGGAUUCUCCUGAGAGAAGGUUCACAGGUACCAUAGUUGGAGUUGGAGAUAUUUCUCCAGAGUGGUCUGGCUCUAUAUGGCGAUCGUUGAAGAUUCAAUGGGAUGAACCAGCAACAAUUCAAAGGCCAGAGAGAGUUUCUCCAUGGGACAUAGAACCUUUUGCAGCCCCUGCUUCUCCAAAUUUUACUCAACAGGCGGUGAAGAGCAAAAGGCCCCGACCUGUGGAUAUUCCUACAUCUGAGAUUACUACAAAUUCAGCUGCUUCAGCUUUUUGGUAUCAUGGAUCAACCCAAUCUCACGAGUUAGCCCACCUAGGGAGUACUAGUGAAGUCCAAAGCUCUGAAAGCCAUGUCUGGGCUAUGAGGCAGACGGAAAUUGAUAGCAAUCUUCUCCAUAAUAGCAGUAGUGCCUGUAAUUCAAGGGCACGACCAGAAGGAAUCUGGCCUUCUUCACCUCACGCGAGUGCUUCUCUCAACUUUUUUCCAGAUUCAACAGGGGAUGGCAAAUUUGCUACAAGGUCAAUUAUCUCUGGUUUUGCCUCUCCUAUACCAUCAAGGCAAAGCAAUGGCCUGAUAAAUGAGAAGGCGGAGAAGGGCAGAAAGUACGAGAACUCUGUAGGUUGCCGGCUGUUUGGAAUUGAUCUGACAAGCAACUCUGGUAUUGCUGCUCCACCAGAGAAGGAACCUGCAUAUCCAAUUGUUGAUUCUAAUGGCACCAAAGGACUUGUUCCAGCUGCAAGUGAGGUUGAGAAGGCCCAAACCAUGGAUGUUUCAAUGUCUUCAAAAGAACAGAAGCAAGUUGUAUCAGAGGCAUUGGCAAAGGAGUCACAAAGCAAGCAAGGCUCCACAGCCUCCACAAGAACUCGUACCAAGGUGCAAAUGCAAGGGGUUGCUGUUGGUCGCGCUCUUGAUUUAACAGUGUUGAAAGGGUACAGGGAUCUUAUAAAUGACCUGGAGAAAAUGUUUGAAAUCGAAGGAGAACUCUCCACACGCCAAAGAUGGGCAGUUGUGUUUACAGACGAUGAGGGCGAUAUGAUGCUUGUGGGUGAUGAUCCAUGGCCGGAAUUCUGUAAGAUGGUAAAGAAGAUAUUCAUAUAUUCAACUGAGGAAGUGAAGAAGAUGGGCACAAAAUGCAAGCUUCCGGCAUCUUCUUUUGAGGGUGAGGGGACUGUUGUAAGCAUGGAGUCGGAGCAUAGCUCGCACUUGUUUGGUAGAGGAGUGGAGGGAAGGAAGUAUGUUGGGUCUCUAGACUCUAGCAACUUUAUAUGUGAAACCAGCUUUGAGAACUGGACGAUGGGUUACGGACAUGAUCUGGCUCCAUUCUGGGAUAAUGUGGAAGCACUUUUUGCCUUUUUAUUUAUCGUGGCAUUCUAUAUUUUCAAAGAUGGUUUGGAAAAUGUCCUCAUUGCCGUGGUGAUUUUCACAUUGCCAUGGGAAAAACUAGCCGUUCAAGUGGAGAAGGAGAAAAAGAUUGAGAUUUUAAGAGCUGUAAAAUCCAAUCGACAAUGA